UUCCUAUUGGUCCCACCACACAAGGGGCACCCCAGUUCCUACUGGGCUGGUGAGCAAAGGGUCUCUGCCUGUGGAGGAGAAGGCCUGAGCAGAAGCCCUUCAUCAGAAAAGCUCAGCUGGUGUGGAGAGGUCCUUGUCUGAGCACAUGGAGAGACCUGGCCACAGACACCUCUAGACUGAGCUGGUAGGUGCGCAGCAGACAGAAAACACCAGCAAGGACCAGAAAAUACAGCAAGAACAGGCAGGAAAGGCAGGCAGGGGCACAGGAAGAUCAGCCUGCACAGCAUGGAGAUACCUGUGGGAGCAAACAGCAUGCCCAGAACAGAUGAGGUCUGCACUGUGCCUGAGCAGAAUAGGGAGCCUGAGGCAACGUGCUCUGGGGAGCCGUCCACGAGCCGAGAAGCGAAGGCCAAAAAGAGUCGCUCCUCCCGCUCCUCUAGGGCUGGGCUGCUCUUCCCUGUGAGCCGCAUAGACAGGCAGCUGCGCAGAGGCCAGUUCGCUGAGCGCUUUGGAGCCAGUGCCUCUGUUUACCUGGCUGCUGUGCUGCAGUGGGUGACGCACAAGACCAUGGACAGUGCUGGGAAGAUUUCCAAGAAGAGCAACGAACAAUGCAUCUCUCCAUGCCACUUGCGGAUGUCUGUGAAGAACAGCUCUGUACUCAAGCACCUUCUGGGAAGCGGACCCAAGCACCGUGGCAGGGCUGUCCCCCGAAGCCAGCGUGUGGCCUCACCCUCCAAAAUGAAGAAGACCAAGGGGAGGAAGAGAAGCCACAGGCAACCGGCUGCACCUGCCCGUGUCACUGCUGCUGUCACUAUCAAGUGAAAGCAGAAACUCCUCUCCUAUAUUGGCAUGGCAAGGGCUGUCUUGUUUGCCAAAUUAUCCGCUAUGGUCUAACAAUUGAAUAAAAGCCCUUGCACUACGA